UAAAUUUAUAAAAUUUUCUCGAUAAUAUGACAUUUCGCCAAAAUUGAAAUCGUGAACAAUAAACAAAUACUUUUUCACUUGCACAAAAUUGGACAGCAGCGGCACUCUCUCUAACUUUCCCGUUGAGCAGGCUCUUGCUCUCCACUCCUCUCCUCUCGUCGUCUGUAAGUAAAAAUCAAAUCAUUUGCUCUUUUAUGUCUUUCAAGCACCUCCUUCUUUGAUUAUCUCUUUCGCUGCCAGUUUCCAAAAAUUAGGGCACAUUUUGUUUGUUUUAGGAAUGUGCUUACGCUUUGAUUUAUAGAACUCGAACUAUUGUUCUACUUCUACAACUAUUAGUACUUAUUUAGUGUGUGAUUUUGGUGUGUUUUUGCUCCUUACGGGAGGAAUAAGCUUGAAUCUGACAAUCUCAUUACCAAUGGGAGUGUGUUUCGGGAAAUCGCUCCAUAAUAUGUUUACUUGAACCGAAAAUGAGAUUCUACAGCUCAUAGAUCACUGUUUUGGCAAUUUGUAUGUCCACUUUCAUGAAUAUUUUGAAACAGUAUGCUUGUGAGUAGUAUAAACCAUAAAAGGAAGCUUUAGGAUGAUAAACCCUCCAAACAAAUCAACCAAAACCACAAAAGAUAAUGUUUAGGAGAUAAGUUAUGGGAGGUGUAACAGGCGACAUCAAUGGAAGUCUGGCUAUCUUUGGGGAUAUAAUAUGGGUUAAGCUCCAUGAAGAUUCAUGGUGGCCUGCACAGGUUGUUGAUGAGAAUUCAGUAACUUCAGGAAACAAACCUAGCAAUAAAGGAUCAAGCAGUGAUGUUCUUGUUCGGUUAUAUGGAAGUUAUAUAUUCAAGUAUGUAGAUGUUCAUAGAUCCCAUGCUGAGUUUAAAAAGAUCCUAGAAGAAAACAAUUUCAAUCAUGAUGAUAUUAUGAAGAAAUCUCUAGAGAAGGAUCUUCCUAGCUUAAAUGGAAGUUCAAAGAAGCGAAAAAGGUCUAAAUCCAAAGAAAAAGAGGCUUCUCAAAAAAAAUCAUCAAAAAAAGAAUCAUCAGAUAAACCCCAGUCAAAAAACAAAAAGCAAAAACAAGAAAAACCAAAAACUGCAACUCCAGACAGGAUACACAACGGGAUUGAGACAUCAGCAUCUACUCCAAACAUUGGAAAUUUGAGCGGGCGUCGAAUGAAGGUGAUGCAGAGUCUUGGUUUAGUAGCGCCUUUGGGAUCACCAUUUCCUCGCAACCGAGUCAUUUCACCUUCACCUAACCCAACUCUGUUGAGUUGACUAGUCAACAUCUUGGAUUUUGUUGUUUCGUUAUCAACUAAUGUUUCUAAUGUGACCAAAGCUUUUAGUUAACUAAAACAUGAUAUGAUUAUUGAUUGGGAAUGUUGUUUGUCUAAUAGAUUUACUAAUAUCUAGUGAACGAAUUUUCGUGCUUUUAACUGUAUUAUGUAGACAUGGAUUUUGUUUAGUGAGAUCGUUAGAGGGGAACGUAAAAAUUUGGGUUCUGUUUGUUUGUUAUGUAGGAUGUGACAAUUUGUAAUGCAUUUUGUUUUUUAUUUUUUGAGAUUGAUUGAUGGAUGUUGGAAGACGAUAAUUGUAAUUUUUUUCGAUUAGAAAAUUUCUUCUCCCUUAUUCGUGGGGAUGUAUGUGAG